CAAAUCAUCCUGCUCCAAGAUCCAAAAGCAUCCGACCCAAAUAUUUUCUGAAGAAAAAAAAACUUUCAUUCGCCAUGGCCAGAACUAAGCAAACAGCCAGAAAAUCCACCGGAGGAAAGGCUCCACGUAAGCAGCUAGCAACAAAAGCAGCCAGAAAGUCCGCUCCGGCGACCGGCGGAGUGAAGAAGCCACACAGGUUCAGGCCCGGAACCGUCGCUCUCCGUGAGAUCCGUAAGUACCAGAAGAGCACUGAGCUUUUGAUCCGAAAGCUGCCGUUCCAGAGACUGGUUCGUGAAAUCGCUCAGGAUUUCAAGACUGAUCUGCGAUUCCAAAGCUCCGCCGUGUCGGCGCUUCAGGAGGCGGCGGAGGCGUACCUCGUCGGACUUUUUGAGGACACUAAUUUGUGUGCGAUUCAUGCUAAGAGAGUUACGAUUAUGCCUAAGGAUAUGCAGUUGGCUAGAAGGAUUAGAGGAGAACGUGCUUAAGUGGAGCGAUGAAUAUUAAUUUAUCAGCUGUGUGUUUUAAUUUUUAGUGAAGUUUAUGUUAGAUGUUUAAUUGUGUUCGUAUUAUGUGAAUGGAAAUGAAAAAAUCUUUUUAU